AUGGCGGGCGAUGGCGGAGCUGCGGGACCGGCGGCUUCUCGGGAGCUGCUGGCCGUGGGGCUCCGAGGAGGGCUGGAGGAAACUUUGUUGAUUAGUCCAAAAUGUAGCAGCAAGAAGGCCACAACUUUACAGACAGUAAGGAUGCCAAGGAGUAAUGUUUUGGAUCAAGUUCAGAGCUUUUUACCAAAGAUGGCCCAUGCAAAUGAUGAAUUAAGAAGAAAAAUGUUAACAGCACCAGCUCAUCAGUUUGAUAUCGAAAAUAUAGACAGCACAACAGAAAAAGUUAUAGAAAUGAAUGUUGCUGUAGUUGAAAUGAGUGAUUCUGAUACAGAUGAAGAGAUUCUAACUUCAGAAGAUGACUGGGAAUCUGAAGAUGACUGUAUUUUUAAUGAAGUGACAAUAGACAACAUUAAAUUCCCUAAACAGAACAGAGAAAAGGGCAAAAUAGAGAUUUUGGACAGCAAAGUGAAUAAGUAAAUCUGUUUUCUUUUACUUCAGAAACAAAACCCCAAGACAAACAAAACAACAACAGGAAAAAAACCCACCCCAAAAUGCAAAUUGUGUUGUCUUACUUUGAAGACUUGGCCCUUAAACUUUCCUAGUAUAGCAUCCCUCAGGAUCAUGUGAAACACUAUAGUUUAAACGGUGAAAAAUUCAGGAUCCACUCAUGACUGAAGCAGGCUGGACUUCUUAAGAAUUAAUUACAGUUUUAUUCAGCUAACAACAUGGAAAAUAACUUGGUAUUAGUUUAGGUUAAGAAAGCAGCUAGAGUUUGGGGCACUCGAACGAAUUAAGUUAAAGUUCUUGUUCCAUGGCUUUGUCAAAGAUUUGUGUAUCAUGCUGGAUGUCUUUGCCUCAAGGGUGGGAAAGACUUAACUAGGAAAGAUGCUUUGUUUUUUAUACUCCAUGUCUUGCAAAUGUAUGAUGUCAUAUACAAUGCCUUCAAUAUUAAACAUUCUC